CUGCUCAGUCCUGACACGGGCUAAUCUGUGGGAGCAGCUCACUCCAGUGUCACCCGGGGAGCUGCCUUGCUCUGCAGAGGGGUUCCUUGAAAUGUCACGCCCUCUCUUCAUUUCUGCCUAAACAGACCUGAGAACACUCACAUUAUAGACAGAUAAGCAGUGCAUGGUGGAAAACUCUACUUUCAAGAGGACUUACUUUCCUCUUACAAGGCUGGCCCUUGCAUGAGGGGACAUGAAGGAGUGUGUGCUCCUCGUUCUCCUGGCCCUGUGCUCUGCCAAGCCCUUGUUCCACCCUUCACGGGUGAUGCUGAAGGACAUGAUGUUGGAGGACACGGAGGACAUGGAGGAUGGUGAUGCCACCUCUCUGCUGCCCAUGAAGGAGCCUGUCAACCCAUUCUUCCCGUUUGACCUGCUUCCAGCCUGCCCAUUCGGGUGCCAGUGCUACUCGAGAGUCGUGCACUGCUCCGACCUAGGUUUGUCCUCCAUCCCCAGCAAUAUUCCAUUUGACACCCAAAUGGUUGACCUUCAAAACAAUAAAAUUAAGGAAAUCAAAGAAAAUGACUUCAAAGGACUCACUUCACUUUAUGCUUUGAUUCUCAACAACAACAAGCUAACGAAGAUUCACCCAAAAGCUUUUCUAACCACAAAGAAGUUGAAAAGGCUGUAUCUGUCCCACAAUCAACUAAGUGAAAUACCACUUAAUCUUCCCAAAUCAUUAGCAGAACUAAGAAUUCAUGAUAAUAAAGUUAAGAAAAUACAAAAGGAGACAUUCAAAGGAAUGAAUGCUUUGCAUGUUCUGGAAAUGAGUGCAAACCCUCUUGAUAGUAACGGGAUUGAACCAGGGGCCUUUGAAGGGAUGACAGUGUUCCAUAUCAGAAUUGCAGAAGCUAAACUGACCUCAAUUCCUAAAGAACUACCAUCAACUUUAUUGGAACUUCACUUAGACUAUAAUAAAAUUUCAACUGUGGAACUCGAGGAUUUUAAACGAUACAAAGAUCUGCAGAGGCUGGGCCUGGGAAACAACAGAAUAGCAGAUGUUGAAAAUGGAAGUCUUGCUAACAUACCACGCAUAAGAGAAAUACACUUGGAAAACAAUAAACUAAAAAAAAUCCCUGCAGGAUUACAGGAGUUGAAAUACCUCCAGAUAAUCUUCCUUCAUUCUAAUUCAAUUACAAAAGUGGGAGUGAAUGACUUCUGCCCAACAAUGUCAAAGAUGAAGAAAUCUUUAUACACUGCAAUAAGUUUAUUCCACAACCCGGUGAAGUACUGGGAAGUACAGCCGGCAACAUUUCGUUGUGUUUUGAGCAGAAUGAGUGUUCAGCUUGGGAACUUCAGAAAGUAAUAAUUAGUAAUUAGUAAUAUCCACUGAAUAUAAAAUUCAAAAAUUAUUAUAUUUGUAAUAAUUGAACUCUAUUAAUAAUGGUGGUAUUAGGCACAUAAGUAAAAAUCUAUUCCCAUGUGGUAAGCCCAUUGAUUUGCUUUAUGACAAAAAUUUCAACAGAAUUUUGCAAAACUAUUGAUACAUCAGGAUUAACAGAAAGUCUCUAUUGCAGUUUCCUUUUUGCAUAAACCUCAUGCUUGAAUAUUCUUUCUCAGUAACAAAAAAUAAGACAUAUAUUUAACACUUAGUUUUCAAGUGCAUUUUUAAGAGACCUGUACUGUAAAUGGAAUGCUUGACUUAGCAAAAUCUGUGUUCUUUCAUUUGCUGUUAGGAAAACAAAAUUGAGGAUUGUUAUAUGAAGAGUAUAUUUUACUAUUCUUAGUUUUCCUUUAAUAACUUGGGUAGUACUGUAAUAUUUCUGAUACUUUUGAACAAUGGUUUGAUAUAACCUUAUUCAAGUUCUCAUGUCUUAAGAGUCCUACUGGCUUUAGGUUUCAAUUAACCUCUUAUUAUAAAGCCUUCAGUUAGUGUUUAUUACAACUCGACAGAUGCUAUUCAUAACAGCUGUUUUUACGCUAUAGGACAUGCUUUUCUUUUUUAAUUAUUAUUAUAUGAUGACAAAUCUGCUAUAAAAAUGCAGAGUGUUUAUCUAAAAUCUGUAACGUACAUUUUUUAUUAUCACAUGUAUAAGCUUUUAACAGUAUGUCAAUUGUUAUGUUAUAUAACAUUGCCACCUCAACACUAAGAAUAUUUUUGAGAUGUCCUUUUCUAAGACUUGGGUUGGAAAAGCCUGGACACAACUGAUUCUCCACCAAAUUGUUUCCUCAAAGAUGCACAAACUGGAAAGCUCUGAAAAACACAUUUGGUAUAUAUGAAUAGGCAGAGCAUUAAAUGAAACACAGAAACUAAAAGCUCUGGAUAUGAAUAUUUUAUAUUCAUUUGGCAUUUAACAUAAGUUAAAUAAAAUUAGAAAAUGAGGAAAACAUUAAAAUACUGGUUUGUAAUAAAAUA